GUGCACAGCUGGCCGAGUGGGAGGCUGUGUUUUCGGGGGAGGAGGCCCCGCCGCUGUGUAGACUGCUGCUGUGCAGUGAGGCAGGGCCUCGGCAAAGGGCAGCUGAAGGACAGGUCACGUGUGCCCACUGCCUGCACGAGGAGAUCAGCGACUUCUACGAGUACAUGUCGCCGAGGCCGGAGGAGGAGAAGAUGCGGAUGGAGGUGGUGAACAGGAUCGAGAGCGUCAUUAAGGAGCUCUGGCCCAGCGCUGACGUCCAGAUAUUUGGGAGCUUCAAGACGGGCCUGUACUUACCCACCAGUGACAUCGACCUGGUGGUGUUCGGGAAGUGGGAGAACCUCCCGCUCUGGACCCUGGAGGAAGCCCUCCGGAAGCACAAGGUCGCCGACGAGGACUCGGUGAAGGUCCUGGACAAAGCCACCGUGCCUAUCAUUAAGUUAACAGAUUCCUUCACGGAAGUGAAGGUGGACAUCAGCUUUAACGUGCAGAACGGCGUGCGGGCGGCGGACCUGAUCAAAGACUUCACCAAGAAGUACCCGGUGCUGCCGUACUUGGUCUUGGUGCUGAAGCAGUUCCUCCUGCAGAGGGACCUAAACGAAGUGUUCACGGGGGGCAUCGGCUCCUACAGCCUCUUCCUCAUGGCCGUCAGCUUCCUCCAGUUACAUCCCAGGGAAGAUGCUUGCAUCCCCAACACAAACUAUGGUGUUCUCUUGAUAGAGUUUUUUGAAUUAUAUGGACGGCACUUCAAUUAUUUAAAGACUGGCAUCCGGAUAAAGGAUGGGGGUUCAUAUGUGGCCAAAGAUGAAGUUCAGAAGAACAUGCUGGAUGGCUACAGGCCGUCGAUGCUCUACAUCGAGGAUCCUUUACAGCCAGGCAAUGACGUCGGGAGGAGCUCGUAUGGAGCCAUGCAGGUGAAGCAGGCCUUCGACUACGCCUACGUGGUGCUGAGCCACGCUGUGUCGCCCAUCGCCAAGCACUACCCCAACAACGAGACGGAGAGCAUCCUGGGCAGGAUCAUCAGGGUGACGGACGAGGUGGCCACCUACCGGGACUGGAUCUCCAAGCAGUGGGGCUUGCCGAGCCGGCCUGAGCCCUCGUGCAACGGAAACGGCGUCACCCUGAUGGUGGAGCCCCCGCAGCUGGAGAAAUGUCACAGGAGCCUCUCGGGCGAGAGCGACGCCCUCGGGAAAUGCAGGGGCAAGACCGCAGAGCCGCUCAGCAAGCACUCUUCCAACUCCUCGUCGGGCCCCGUGUCCUCGUCGUCCGCCACGCAGUCCAGCUCCAGCGACGUGGACUCCGACGCCACGCCGUGCAAAGCCCCGAAGCAGCUGCUCUGCCGUCCGUCCCCUGGGAGCCGAGUGGGGUCGCAGGAGGUGGCCGUGGAGGCCUCGCCGGCGGGGGGGAAGGUGCAGAGCGCCCCGGCCCCCGCCACACCCAGCAGCGCCAGCAAGUCACAGCACGGACCCGCCCGGCUCUUCCGUUCUUCCAGCAAAGGCUUCCCAGGUACAGCUCCCACCAGCCAUGGUGUCCUGGUGGCAAACAAGCCGCAUCCAGGCAAACCCACUAACCAGUGCUUCCAAGGCAAGCGGAGGAAGCACAAGAGGGACGCCCCGCUCGCCGACCUCUGUAGGUAGUCGGCGGGGCCACGGACGCCUGUGUGUGCGGUGACCUCACGCCCGGACAGCGGCCCGGGCCUCCCGGGACCGUUCAGGAGCCUGGCGCCAGCCACGUGUUGAUUGAGCAACUGUGUGUUUUCCCGGCUCGUCACGGACGGAUCACGAAGACUGACGGCGGCAAAAGCAAAACGCACGCCAGCAGGGCAGGCUGCUCGUUUGACCAGUCAUUUGCUACAACAGGGUCGUUUCGGGUUCCAAGCCUGAAUGUAAAGUAGGUCUGUUUCUCUGGCUUCAUGCAGAGCCAGGGAGCAGGUGGGGGGCUGGGGGAGGACGGGGAGGAGAACAGGCCUCAUAGGAAGCCCAGAUUCCCAGGAGGAAGUGGUCUGUGCAUGUGUUUUUUAAAUAUUUUUGCAUAUAUUUACCAUUUUAUUGUGUGUAUAUAUAGAUGACCACAUAGGAAAUUGAUAUUUGUAAUAGUGGAUUUGUUAAGACUUUUUACAUAACAUUACUGUUUAAAUUGUAAACAGAUUUUUCUCAGGAUUAGUUUGCAAAAUAAUCUGAAUUGUCAUCCUAACACCCACGCGUAGGGACGUGACUCGCUCUCGCACUCGACUCUCUGCGUUGAAUGACCUAGUGGGGCCCCCACGACCGGCCGCGCGAGCACGUCUCCUCCCUCGAGUAAAGGUUUUUAUGGUGGCAAAUGACAUUGAUUUUAUUUUGUACAAACGAAUAUAUAUCCGUACUAUGUACUUUUGUGUAAACACUGAACAGCUCGCUCAUCUCCGAAUAUGAACUGGCACCCGCUCCCAUCGUGCUGUCGGCUGGGCGGUGGGCAGGUAUGAGAUUCCAUGUUUGUUUCCUCUGCGGGUUUUUUUUAACUUGUGAUCGGGCGAGAGGCCACCUGUCCGUCCCCCACCUGCCGCGCGAGCCCCGGCUGCGGACUCUGCACGCGGCGCCUCCCACCCGGGCUCUGUGCCUGCCUGUCUCUCAUCUCUUAUCUCUUUUUUAAAGUUGAUGCCCCCGUGGGAGGGAAUACCUACCUGUAAACAGCUUUAAGGAAAUCACACGGACAGAAGCUGUUUUCUUACAUCCACCUGAUGCUUUGGUAUUGUCGAUCUCUCCAAACGAAAUGGUCUUUGAGAAUGGUCUGUUUUGUAUCGCCUCACGAAGACCAAAUACUUCUUGUCCUCCCAGUCUCCCGCCUCCUCCCAUGGGGUUGUUAUCUUGAAUUAAAACGUUUUUAAACAUUGGCUUCUUUCAGUCACACUGUACAUGUCGGUGGUGGUCAGCUUCGGGUGCAAACAAGAUGUAUAUUCUGUCACACGUUGAGUUUGGGAAUAUUUACUGUGAUCAAAUGAAUGUACGUGAAAUUUUGAAAUCGCUGUCUGUAGGUGGAAGCGCUCAUGUCUAGCAUCAGUGUGUGUGGCUCUGUCCAUGACAGCCAUGUCUGAGAUGAGAUUGUUUUAUGUAUACAUAUAUACACACGUGUGAAGGACUGUCGGUUUUUAGGAGUUUCUUUUAUACGCACUAAUGAAAUACUGAAGACCAGUCAGACCAUGAACGGACACUGAGUGCAACGUCUUAUAAAGAAAAUAACGCGAAAGUCAGACCAGAACCGAUGUCAUCCCUGAAACCAACCAUUUCCAACGUGUUUGUUGUUUUAAUUCACAACUGGAAAACGUGUUCUGGAACUGGGGACUCCAACCUCGUGCGAACCACGUGACUUUCGCUGUGCUGUGACCUUGACAAUGUUUGAAAUUUGAAGGUGCCCAUUUGAUUCCGAUCAGGGUUUUUAUCAAGGGUGUCGAGCUGCUGUUUGUUCUUCGAAACUAGUUUUGUCAUGACCUGUCGUGUGCAUAAUCACAGUAUUUAUUUCCUAGGACUGUUGCGAAUGUGUAGACUCCGGUUUACCGCCAAGGGAACAAUUAUUUAUACAAUAAAAUGGAAUCCAGUGUUAGCUGCCCACUGCGGACCCUCAGCACCUGGGAGACCCGUGUGCCGUCGGCCGCACUGGGUUCUCGGAGAGCCUCGCCCUCGUCGUCGACCGUGAACGUCCUCUGGGGUGCGGACGGGCGUGCCCCACAAGCAUGCGAUUGUUUGCAAGGUGGUGAUCGCGGGAAGAUAAUCUUGAUUCCGUUGGGAAUCUUAGGUUUUCGUACAUUUAUUGGGAAAAUCGUUUUUCCUGGACUGCUGACGUUUCUUUUUGGUAAACAGUAUCUUUCUAAAAGAGAGAGAGAAAGCAUGGAGAACCUGAGGGUGUGCAUUUCCUCCAACGACCAGCACUGUUCUCGUGAAUACUGUGUACCUGGCAGCGAACGGCGUCGGCGCUGUUCCUUGUUCCAUCGAAGUAAAAGACUUUGCAGACGCUCA